ACAUUAUUAAUGAGACGGAUUGAGUAUUUUAUAUUGAGAUUGUAAUGAGUAAUAUAGCAUUAUGAAUACAAUAAAUUUUUUUCAUCCUUUGUUUUUGGGAAACCAUGGUCUACUCUAAUUCUAAAAAGCUAAUACUCUCCUCGUCCCACUUAAAUUAGCACUUUUGAGUUGGACACGGAGAUUAAGAAUAAAAGAUUAAGAGUGUAAAAUAGGUAGGAUUCACUUAUUUAAUGUGUGUAGAGAAAGUAUGAGAUCACAUACCUAUUUUAGAAAAGUCCAAUUUAAAUUGGACAAAUAAAAAAGACAAGUGUGUCAAUUUAAAUAGGACGGAAGUACUAAAUGAGAAAAAGAAAAUAAAAAAUCAUACUUUAAAUAUACCAUUAAAGCCCACCAUUUCUUAGAAACCACUUAAGACAUCAAACCAACAAAACCGUCAACUCGACUACUUAAAACCCAUCUCUCUCUCUCUCUCUCUCUCUCUCUCUCUCUCUCUCUCAUGCAUUAUAAAUACACACACCACAUUUGGUAACUUGGUCAAGAAAAGGAGAGUUUCCACAUUAAAAAGUAGUAGUGAUAUAAAUAGAAUGGGAGAAAAGGGGAAGAAGAUAUUAGUUGGUGUUGAUGAAGGCGAGGAGAGUGGGUACGCGCUCUCAUGGUGCCUCCAAAAUUUGCUAUCUCACUCUAAUUCCGAAGAUACCCUUAUCCUACUCUUCGCCAAGACGCCCCUGCCUAUCUACUCAGCCAUCGACUCAACAGGGUACCUAUUUUCUCAAAAUAUAGUGGCCACGAUGGACACGUACGCCAAUCAAGUGGCUGACGCCGUUAUGCAGAAGGCUUCUACACUUUGCUCAACCUUUAAUCACCAGGCUAAGGUGGAGACGAUGGUGGAGCAUGGCGAUCCAAGGGAUGUGAUAUGCCAGGUGGCAGAGAGGUUGAAGGUUGACUUAUUGGUGUUGGGAAGCCAUGGCUAUGGUCUUAUUAAGAGGACAUUUCUCGGUAGUGUGAGUCAACAUUGCGCGCAGCAGGUGAAAUGCCCAGUUCUGAUUGUGAAGAAGCCCACAAAUUAAUUCAAAGAAUGAAAGUUAUACAAUGUGGUGUACCGUCUACGUGUUUGUGUAAUUAUGUUGUAAAUUCGUGAUUUCGACUUCUUCGCCUUAUGUAUGCAUGUGAAUGUAUUAUUGUUCACCGUAAUUUAAUAUAAGUUCUUCUUUUCCUUCAAAACAAAAAAAUUACUCCUAACAAUAAAUUGAUUUUGAUAACUAAAAU